AACGCAGCACGUCUUGUCCUCGCGCAGGAAGCUGCAGCCAUGUUGUCUUUCUGCGCCGCCGCGGACGAUGAGCCUGAACGGCGGCCGUCGGAGCAGCCAUGGCCCUGUCGCUGAGCGGAGACGACGAGGAGUAUGAUUCAGAGUCUGAGCAGCAACGAGCCGCCAACCGGCCUAAACCCAAGAUGGGCUCAUCGUCGGCUGUUAAGCUGCCGUCCAACCGCAGCUCAUCUGGAGCCAGACGCCGGAGGACACGCUGCCGGCGGUGCGAGGCGUGUCAGCGGACCGAGUGUGGCGAGUGUCACUUCUGCAAGGACAUGAAGAAGUUUGGAGGGCCGGGGCGCAUGAAGCAGUCAUGCAUUAUGAGACAGUGCAUCGCUCCGGUCCUACCGCACACGGCUGUGUGCGUGGUGUGUAAGGAAGCUGGGAAGGAGGACACUCUGGACGAAGCAGAUGACAAGUUCAACUUCAUGCUGAUGGAGUGUUCCAUCUGCAACGAGAUCGUCCAUCCCCACUGUCUGAAGGUGAGCGAUGUGUCGGGCGUGGUCAACGAUGAGCUCCCCAACUGCUGGGAAUGUCCCAAAUGCAACCACGCUGGCAAAAGUGGAAAAGUAUUGAAGCAAAAAAGGGGCCCCGGGUUCAAAUACGCCUCCAACCUCCCGGGCUCACUGCUGAGGGAGCAGAAGCCUGUGAAGGAGGAAGGUGAUGUUUGUUCUUCAGCUAAAAGGAAACUCGACAGAGAGGAGACACCCAGGUACAGACCCGAGGAUUCCCUCCACCACCGUCAGCCGCCACUGCUGUCCCCCAGCGGUCUGCCCCGACCCCGGCCCGAGGACAAACUCAGGAAGAAGAGGAAGCUGUUUGAUGAUGAUGAAGAGGAAGACCUCAGCGUGAGGAAGAAGGACAAGUCCGAGGAUCCUUACUUAUCCAGACUGCUGCACCAAAUCAAAACCGAAGAUGAUGAUGAAGAAGCGUAUGAAGAAGGGGAGGAAGAUAGAGAGUCUCGCUUCCGGAGUGUUGCAGAGAGGAAAGGACGCUUUGGAGAGCCUGAUGAGGACGUGGAGGAUAAAGACUACAGGAACGAACUCGUGAACGCUGCUGUUAAAAUGCCUCUGGUGGACAGUGACCAGUCCCACUGCAGCUCUCCCCAGGCCGGCCCCAGCAGUGAGGGCGGGAGUGAGACCCAGGAAAAAGGCCCACGUCCAAAAGCUCGCCGAAAGCGCCGUUUACCGAAUGGAGAGCUGAGCCGAGAGCUAAGCAAAGCGCUGAACCAGGAAAUCCAGAAGACCGAGGACUGCCUGGCCAACGAGAACCGCCAGCUCCUCAAGGCGGAAGUGGAGAAUGAAAAUGAGGAACCCAAAAGGUCGUUCCGUAACGGUGGCGAACUGGGCGAUAAGAGGUCCCACUUCAAAGCCAAAGACAUGAAGGGGACCCCCUGGGAACUACGCCACUUCUACCCGAGCCAGAUCACCCCGCUGGGCUUCAAUAGGAGCACGCCGACCAACCGGCCAGUGCCGCCGCACUCGCCGCCAAAGUGCAUCCAAAUGGAGCGCCAUGUUAUCCGACCUCCUCCGAUAAGCCCGCCUCCUGACAGACUGCCGCUGAAAGACGGGAAAGCCCACAUUAUCCAGCGUGAGAUCUGGAUGAAGGUCUUUUCCCAUCUCAGUCACCAGGAGCUGUGUGUCUGCAUGCGGGUGUGCAAGACCUGGAACCGAUGGUGCUGUGAUAAGAGACUGUGGACCCAGAUUGAUUUGAAUCGAUGCACCUCAAUCACACCGCUCAUGCUAAGUGGUAUUAUCCGCCGGCAGCCAGUCUCCUUGGACCUCAGCUGGACCAACAUUUCCAAAAAACAACUCAGCUGGCUGAUUAACAGAUUACCAGGGCUGAGAGUCUUGAAGUUGUCGGGAUGCUCCUGGGUGGCCGUGUCGGCUCUCUGCACCUCCAGCUGCCCUCUGCUGCGCACUCUGGAUGUCCAGUGGGUGGAAGGGCUCAAAGAUCCACAGAUGAGAGACCUCCUCUCCCCUCCGACAGACAACAGACCAGGUCAGCUGGAUAACCGGUGCAAACUGCGUAACGUGGAGGACCUGCGGCUGGCGGGGCUGGACAUCACCGACACGUCUCUGCGUCUCAUCAGUCGACACAUGCCUCUGCUGUCCCGACUGGACCUGAGCUACUGCAACCACAUCAACGACCAGUCGGUCAACCUACUGACGGCAGCAGGAACCACCACCAGGGACUCGCUCACAGAGAUCAACCUGUCAGUUUGUAACCGGGUCACGGACUAUUCCCUUAACUUUUUCAAGCGCUGUGGGAGCAUCUGCCAGAUUGACCUCCGCUACUGCAAGCAGGUCACCAAGACGGCCUGCGAAAGAUUCAUCGCCGAGAUGUCGGUGAGCGUCCAGUUUGGACUCAAAGAAGAGAAACUGCUGCAGAAGAUCAGCUAGUUCCUGAGAGGACGAAACAGACUUAAGGACGCCGCGUCCCCGAGGGUCAAACCCCA